CUUGACAGUCGACUUAGUCUUGUCACGUGAUGUAUCACGUGAACAAGCACAUCCCACAGGCGCUCGUGCUGCAUGCGCAUCUCACAGCACAGACAGAUUUCAGGGAGACGAAGCACGUGGGCUUGAAGAUGGAUUUGAUUCAAUGUACAGACACCUUGUCUACGAAGAGCCCGAGGUUUGGUAACAAUGCCUACGAAGAGGCAUUUGACGCGGAGGUUUACCUGGAGAUGUACUACGGCAGCUUGAGAAGCGACAUAGCGGCAGGGGAUAUGAUACCUUUCAUGCUGAAGUCCUUCCAUGAAGUGUUCAACAAAGUUUACUUUGAACUAGGGAAAAUAACCGGGAAAAGAUUUCUGGACAUCGGAACAGGCCCAUCUAUCCUGAGUGUAAUCAGCGCGUCCGAGCACUGUGACAGCGUCUACUUGAGUGACUUCUUGCCUCACUGUCGAAGAGUCCUCAAAGAAUGGGUCAGUGGUGAACUGACGGACAAAUUCAACCCUUUCUUGGAGUAUGUGAUCGAUCUAGAGAAAUCCGAGGAAUCAUUGACCAGUCGUGAAAACAAAAUUAGGAGCAAGAUAGAUGGAAUUUUGCCAUGUGACCUGUUCAAGGAAGAGCCACUUGAACCAGCUUACUUCCGACCCUUUGAUGUCGUCACAACAUCACUUUGUCUGGAAGCCAUCUGUGAAGACAGCUCCAGCUACAAAACAUGUGUGAAACGCAUAGCUUCCCUAGUUCGACAAGGAGGUCACGUGGUAGUGUAUGCAGUGUUGGGUGAUACCACUUAUUUCGUAGGGGAGGAAGAGUUCAAGUCUCUCCAUAUCUCGAAGGGGGAGGUUGAGAAGGUGUGGACAGAGGCUGGUUUUACCAUCACUUAUUGCCGUGACAGCGUUCUCCCUGAAAACGAGAGGAAUAAGUAUUGUGAGUUUGAAGCCUGGUAUAUCAUGGCGGCAAGGAAGCAAUAGGGCCCCCCGAUAUUUUCACAUUCUCGGGGUAACUCCAAAUGUAUUUUGCCUGUUUCUUUGUUUGUUUGUUUAACGUAACAUUCCAGCUUUAAGACGGCGGUCUGUAAAUAAUCGAGUCUGGACCAGACAAUCCAGUGACUGACAUCAUGAGCAUCGAUCCACGUGAAUGGGAUACGA